UACUGUAUGUAGCCAGCUCAUGUUUGCAGUGUAAACUUUGAUGAAAUUCACCUGAUCAUCUCUUAGAAUCCACCAGUGAGCAUCUGUGUGCGCAGUCAUGGACGGGAGUCUGUUUGUGCUGCUUCUGCUGUCAGGGCUCUUCUGGAGCAGUUCUGGUCUUUCUCGUCCGUACUUCUAUAUAAAUAAAGCAAUGUCAUGGCCAGAGGCUCAAAGUUACUGCAGAGAGAGAUUCACUGAUCUGGCUACUGCAGACAGCAUGGAUGAUGUGAACAGGCUGGUAAAUAUAGUGGAUGCUGGAUACAGUGGAUCAGUGUGGAUUGGACUGAAGAGGGGGACACAGACACGCUGGGUUUGGUCUGAUGGAGAAAACAACACUUCUCAGUACUAUAACUGGGAUUCAAGACAGCCAGAUGGGGAUGGAAAUUGUAUUGCUACUUAUUCCGGGGCUUGGAAAUUCUGGAUACAUCUUAGUAAAAAUCCCAAAAGCAUGGAGUGA